UGGGGGGAGCAAGAGAGCGAGUGAGCGAGCGAGCAAGAGAGAGAAAGAAAAGGACCAGCGCCGGUCUUUGGCCGGAGGGAAAAAGGCCCGCACGAGAAGGAGCCUCGCCGAGAACAGAUUCCCAAAGUUGCCGCUUUCUUGUCACUGGAAAAUGACACUUGAUGUAGCCAAGGGCGCCGCCGCCGCCGCCGCCGCUACAGCCGCCGCUACAGCCGCCGCAGCGCCGCUUAAACCUAUUGUUUCUUAAACUGCCUUCUUUCUUCGGCGAUCCGAAAGAGUGCCGGGGCGCGCGCGGGGGGGGAGAGAGACUUCACAGCACGGAAGGGACGCCACUGGCAACGUCCUGCCAGUUCUUGAGCGACCCCGGCCAGCCAGCCAAGAAGAAGAAGAAGAAGAAGAAGAAGAAAAAACAUCUUCUGAUUUUUUUUUCAAGAAAAAGAGGAGGAGGAGGAGGAGGAGGAAGAGGCCAGCCGGGGUCUGGCGCCCACCCUCCAAAGAACAAGCUCGUCAAGGCGUCCGCGAGAGCAUCCGCAGCCGGCCCCGGGGAGAGAUUUUUGUAACCCUUUGGAUUUUUUUUCUCCCUCUUCUUUCUCUCUCCCCCGCCCCCCGCAAUCCCUUCAAUGUCUGUCUUUGAUUUUCUCUGAUUUGCUUUGAUUCAGCAGCCGUUCCAGAGAAAGCAAGAAAGCAAAGGGGGAGGGAGGGGGUGAAAAGCAAGAGGGGACAGUGAAACGAAAACCCCCAUCCGCUCCGCGCUUUUCUUCUUGUCAACACCCUGCGUUGUGGCUGUGUUUUGCAUUUUUGUUUUUCCUUGCUUUUUUGUUUUGUUUUUGUUUUUUUCAAGAAGAAAAGAAGGUUUUGGUUGUCCUUAAUUCAUGUUUGGGAUUCAGGAAAGCAUUCAGAGGAGUGGGAGCAGCAUGAAGGAAGAGCCCCUGGGCGCCGGCAUGAACGCGGUCAGGACAUGGAUGCAGGGAGCCGGCGUCCUGGAUGCAAACACCGCGGCGCAGAGCGGGGUAGGCCUGGCCCGGGCUCAUUUCGAGAAGCAGCCGCCUUCCAACUUGCGGAAAUCGAACUUCUUCCACUUCGUGCUGGCUUUGUACGACCGGCAGGGGCAGCCCGUGGAGAUCGAGCGCACCGCCUUCGUGGGUUUCGUGGAGAAGGAGAAAGAAGCCAACAGCGAAAAGACCAACAACGGGAUCCAUUACCGUCUGCAGCUCCUCUACAGCAACGGGAUAAGAACCGAACAGGAUUUUUAUGUCCGUUUAAUCGACUCCAUGACAAAACAAGCGAUAGUAUAUGAAGGCCAAGACAAGAAUCCAGAAAUGUGCAGAGUUCUGCUCACCCAUGAAAUAAUGUGCAGCCGCUGUUGUGACAAGAAAAGCUGCGGCAACAGAAAUGAGACUCCUUCAGAUCCUGUGAUAAUUGACAGGUUCUUCUUGAAAUUUUUUCUUAAAUGUAACCAGAACUGCUUGAAAAAUGCAGGAAAUCCUCGAGACAUGCGGAGAUUUCAGGUUGUGGUAUCUACAACAGUCAAUGUGGAUGGCCACGUCUUGGCAGUGUCGGAUAAUAUGUUUGUGCACAAUAACUCCAAACAUGGGCGGAGGGCUCGAAGGCUUGAUCCUUCGGAAGCUACGCCCUGUAUCAAAGCCAUCAGUCCAAGUGAAGGAUGGACUACUGGAGGUGCCACUGUCAUCAUCAUAGGAGACAAUUUCUUUGAUGGGUUACAGGUCAUAUUCGGCACCAUGCUGGUCUGGAGUGAGCUUAUUACACCACAUGCUAUCAGAGUUCAAACACCACCCCGACAUAUUCCUGGUGUUGUGGAAGUUACAUUGUCCUAUAAAUCCAAGCAGUUCUGUAAAGGCACACCUGGAAGAUUUAUCUACACAGCUUUGAAUGAACCAACCAUUGACUAUGGCUUCCAAAGGUUACAGAAAGUCAUCCCAAGGCAUCCUGGUGACCCUGAGCGUUUGCCAAAGGAAGUAAUACUCAAGAGGGCAGCUGAUCUGGUGGAAGCACUCUAUGGUAUGCCACAUAACAAUCAGGAAAUAAUCCUGAAAAGAGCAGCUGACAUUGCAGAAGCACUCUACAGCGUCCCUCGUAAUCAUAACCAACUCCCUGCGCUCGCUAAUACAUCAGUCCAUGCAGGCAUGAUGGGUGUGAAUUCAUUUAGUGGUCAAUUAGCAGUAAAUGUCUCAGAAGCCUCACAGGCCACCAAUCAGGGUUUUACUCGCAACUCAAGCAGUGUGUCUCCUCAUGGUUAUGUGCCAAGCACCACCCCUCAGCAGACAAACUACAACUCCGUCACAACAAGCAUGAAUGGGUAUGGAAAUGCUGGAAUGUCCAAUUUAGGUGGCUCUCCAACCUUCCUGAAUGGAUCAGCUGCCAACUCUCCCUACGCCAUUGUGCCAUCCAGUCCAACCAUGGCAUCCUCUACUAGUCUCCCUUCUAAUUGUAGCAGCUCCUCUGGGAUCUUCUCCUUCUCACCAGCCAAUAUGGUCUCAGCAGUGAAACAGAAGAGUGCUUUUGCUCCUGUUGUCAGACCACAGACAUCCCCUCCCCCCACCUGUACCAGCACCAAUGGGAAUAGCCUGCAAGACCAGUCUUUUGUGGACUCUAGCAAGUACUCCAAUGCAGGGUCUCUCCAGGGUCUGGCCUUCUCCUGAACUAUAACUGGCAUGAUAGUUCCUCCCAUGUGAAUGAAUUGCCUUGAAGAAUUGACUAAUGAAGGAUUUGAAUUCUGCUCCAGAACAAAGUCUGAACCAAAUCCCAGAGAGGAACUUUUAACUCAGGCCUUUCUUCAAGGAAAAAGGAAGACUCUCACAAUAACUGCAAAGUUUAAAAAAAAAAUUAAAAAAAAUUGCCAUCCUUGCAAAAUAUUCCUGAAAUCUACUCCAAGCCUGCAAGGGCAAGAUCUUAAUUUGAGCUGUCCAUCCAAGUUCUUGGGAGAGAAAUUUGUGUCCUGAAGAAAACACACUUUGGUCUUUUCAGUUUUUAUGGGUCAUCUUUUGUCUUUUACAAAUCACAACAGGAGGGAGAGGCACAAAGAUGAAAAGCCAACUUGAGAACUUUUCUUUGUUGUAGUUUUUAAAAACUCUCUUAAAGGGAAAUAAAGUGGCAACACAUGAGUUUCUAUGGAACAGAAGUAGAAGUGCCAGUUAGGAAUUACUGAUGUUUUUCUUUCCUUCAAAAAUUCAUGGCUGUGCCAGUAAAGGGUUGUUUUCAUGUGUUUUACUUAACCAACAAUAGCACAUACAUCUGGGAUUUGCAAUCUGGGGAAGUACCAAUGGAUGUCCACGUGAACAUAGAUACAAAGAUACACCAUAUAUGCAUACACAAAAAAGAUUUCAUUUUAGAAGCCAUGAUUCCCCCCCCACCCCCCUUAAUCCCUUAACACUUCUUUCUGACAACAUUGUACUUAGAAGAUCGCGUAAAUACUGCAAGGCAGGGGAAAAAGGCAUAUGUGUAGCUAUGGACAUGCAUUUUCCAUCUUUACUUUGGAAACCCAGUGCCUCUGGAUAUAAUGCUAAUAAUUGCAAAUCCAAUUAGCAUGGCUCUCUGUCUUUUGCUUUUAACCAACUUAAAUCCAAAUACAGUCUUAAACUGUCUUUCUCUGUAAAUCUCAUUGAAAUUUGAUAGGACCAGACAAAGGCACAAAAGUGAGCCGAUCAGUGCAUUUUGGAGCAUAUUUUUUACCAGAAGCUUCUUUCCUGAUACCUGUAUCUUUCAUUUUGGAAUGGGCCAGGGCGAGGGAGGGGAAGGGAGGGAGGGACAAGACCACAGGAUUCAUCCUGCCAUUCCAGAGGAUGGUCCAAAAGCACACACCUAGGAAAAAGGACAUAUCUGUUUUGAGCUGCAGUUGUUUUUAUAUCAGGCAACCAUUUCAGUUCGCGACAUAAUCUCUUAAGCAACAGUGGUUGUAUUUUUGAGAAUAUGUAUAGGAGAAAAAGGGUGAAAAACACAGUAAGUUAUAUGACAGUUUCAAAAUAAACCACCCAGUUUACAAGAAUUUAUCUCUUGUUACUUGGAAAGUGUUCUUAGUUAAAGAUGCAACAAACCUUUACAAAUGCAUUCAUUAAAUGAUCUGUUUGGGUUUUUUUUUUCCUUUGCUGUGGCAUUUUGUAUGUAGUUAUAAAUAAAUACUGUAGGGUUUUUUUGGCCAAAUUAUUGUUCUAUUUAUACAAUUUAAUGUCUUAAGACAGAUUUUCAACACAACACACAAAUCUACAAGAAUUACUGCAUAUUUUGCAAAAUGAGCUCACUACCUUUAUGAUUGCACAUGCUUGCAAAAUGAAUUAAAGAAAUAAAGCUUUUUUAAUGAAGAAUUUUGUAAAAUGCCCAUAUAAAUAAUGUAUUUAACUUUGAACUUUGUACAUUGCUUUUUCUCUGCAGCAUCCCAGUUUAUUUUAUUGUGUAAUUUUGCUAUGUGAAAAGUGCUAAUUUGUUUGUUCAUUCACAAGUGUGUUAGCUGUUUAAGUGUGAUUUAAUGCAAUUCAUUUAUACUUUUUUUAGUAAUUGUUUUAAACCAAGCUUCCAUUUUUGUUUUAAGUUCACCAAAGCCAUUGUCUAUUUUUGUAUUAUUUCUAAGUUAAGAAUUUUUUCCCCCAAUAUAUGGCAAAAAAGUAGCAUAUUAUUCUUAUAGCAUUUAGUUACGUAGAUUUAAAAAGUAUUCUUUGCUUUUGAGGCUUAUUAAAAAAAUCUAAAGCUGUUUUACUCUAUUAAUAUGCAUGGAAUCUCUCCCCUUUGAAGUGACGCAUUUUUGUGCAUUAAAUAUGGGGAGAAACUUCAUAGAAAUUAAUGAAAAUACUUUCUUUCUUGUCUGCUUGUAUAUUUCUCUGUCUUUCACAUAAAUAUAAACCAGCAGAUUGGAUGCCUUAACAAUGCAAAGCAUAUUCAUUUCACUUGUACAUUGUACUGAGCAUCAAAACUGUCAAUCAUCACUAACAUUCUGAAAAAAAAAAAGGAUUUUGAAAAGCACAAAAGAACUGUUUUGUUACCUUAAGAAAAUGUGACUUUUUUCUAGACAAACAACAAUGCUGCAACUGUGCAUGCUUCCUGUAUGAAUUUUGCAAGGGAUUUCACUCAGAUUUCACUGUGUGAUCUUUCAGGAAAGGGAAAAGAGUGGGUGUGGGAAAGAGAGAGAGAGAGAGAGAACGAAAGGGAAAAAAUCCAUUGAUUAACGUAUUAUUUCCCCACAGAAAAACAACAUAAUCACACCUAAAGAAACUAGAAAAUGUAAGGCAUUAACAGUGUAUUGUUUCAUUAUAAUCUGAACACUUAUUCUAAUUCUUAAAGUAACAGUGGCACACAAAUGUAAUCAAAUUAAAGCCAUAUUUUGUCCAGUGAUGCCCUCCAUGGAAUCCCAGUCAGACAGAUUAUUUUUAUUUAGAAAGUUACAUGAAUGUGUAUAGACUGUUUCCUUGACCUCCAAAGAUCAUGUGAGAGUACACAGACUUUCUUUCUUUCUCCAGGUAUUUAUAAUGCGUGAUAAAGAAAAGUUAUAUUUUAAAUUAUCUACCUGCCCUGAAUAGAUUCCUAUGAGUUCCAAGUCCAUUCUUAAAGAUACUGCUCUUUACAGAAUAUCGCUUUAAGUGGGAAUGAUCCUGUUUCAGACUUAAAAUGUGAUUUCUCACCUUGGCUGGGCUGUGAGAAUGAUGUCUUUUUCCUCUCCUUCGUAGCCAACUGCAUCUUAAAAAUGAACUCAUCUCUGAACUGAUUCUCCUUUCACUUCUUACUGAACCUUUUGGAAUAGACACAAACGCUGUACAGUUCUAUUGUUAGAGAAGAAAAACAACUAACUACUGUAGAGAUUGUUAUAAUUAUUUUGCAGAAAUUCAAGCUGUAAAAACUUUUCAACUUUCACACUAUUUAAUUAAAGUUACUUCCUGUC